GCGCUGAGGAGGCGAGGUUGCCCUGCCCCGCCCCCGGCCUCGCCGCCGAGCUUCCCUUCAGCGUCUCCUGUGCCGGCCUCCGUUUCCGGGCGGGCUGCAGGCGCCGUUCUUUCUCUCCAGUUGCUCGUUCCGCUGAUGCGUUUCUCCAUGGCGAGCGUGGCAGGCCAGUGGAGCCGGGCUGUGGGGCUCUGCGUUACAGUCCUUUUAUUUGAUGUAGCUUUCUGUAGAGGAUUUGUACAAGAUUUAGAUGAAUCGUUUAAAGAUAAUCGAAAAGAUGACAUUUGGCUUGUAGAUUUUUAUGCCCCAUGGUGUGGCCACUGUAAAAAACUGGAGCCAGUCUGGAAUGAAGUUGGUUUUGAGAUGAAAAGCAUUGGAUCGCCAGUGAAAGUUGGAAAGAUGGAUGCUACUUCCUAUUCUAGCCUUGCUUCAGAGUUUGGAGUUCGAGGUUAUCCAACAAUUAAGCUAUUAAAGGGGGACUUGGCAUAUAAUUACAGAGGACCACGGACUAAAGACGAUAUUAUUGAGUUUGCUCAUAGAGUAUCUGGGGCUUUAAUUCGGCCGCUUCCAAGCCAGCAGAUGUUUGAACAUGUAAAGAAGAGACAUCGUGUAUUUUUUGUUUACAUAGGUGGAGAAUCACCAUUGAAAGAGAAAUACAUAGAUGCUGCUUCAGAAUUGAUUGUAUAUACCUACUUCUUUUCUGCCUUAGAAGAAGUUGUUCCUGAGUAUGUGACACUUAAGGAGAUGCCUGCUGUGCUUGUUUUCAAAGAUGAAACUUACUUUGUUUAUGAUGAAUAUGAAGAUGGUGAUCUCUCAGCAUGGAUCAGUAGGGAAAGGUUUCAGAAUUAUCUUACUAUGGAUGGCUUCCUCUUAUAUGAACUUGGAGACACAGGGAAGCUUGUGGCUAUCGCAGUUAUUGAUGAGAAAAAUACAUCCAUUGAACAUACCAGAUUAAAGUCAGUUAUUCAAGAAGUUGCUAAAGAUUACAGAGACCACUUUCAUAGGGAUUUUCAGUUCGGCCAUAUGGAUGGAAAUGACUACAUAAAUACCUUGCUGAUGGAUGAAUUGACAAUCCCAACUGUGGUUGUACUGAAUACUUCAAAUCAGCAAUAUUAUUUGCUAGACAGACAAAUUAAUAAUGCCAAAGACAUGGUCCAGUUCAUUAAUAACAUUUUGGAUGGCACAGUAGAAGCCCAAGGAGGUGAUAGUAUUUGGCAGAGAUUGAAAAGAAUAGUAUUUGAUGCUAAAUCUACUGUUGUGUCUAUAUUCAAGAGCUCACCUCUCAUGGGCUGCUUCCUCUUUGGCUUGCCGUUGGGUGUCAUCAGUAUCAUGUGCUAUGGAAUCUACACAGCUGACACAGAUGGAGGUUACAUAGAAGAACGAUAUGAAGUAGUAUCUAAAAGUGAAAUGGAAGCUCAACAACAAAUAGAAAGCAAAGAACAACAGGAACCGAGGCGGGGAGAAUCUUUAGUGCCUACAGUGCAAGAACCCAAGGAUGUAUUAGAAAAGAAGACAGACUGAGACUUUGUAAGCAUAAAAUAUUUGAUAGCGUUUCAAAUUAUUAAAGUCUAUUUAUUGAAUUUAAGAGAUUUAACUAUAAUAUUUACAGAAGAAAACAUGUUAUUUGUAUUUUGCUAAUAUCAACUGCAUGGGUUAAAGUACUCUUUCCAUAAAUGUGGAGAUGUUUGGAGCAAAGAGAUGAACAAUUUGUGGAAAACAAAACCAAAUCACUCCAUCAGGGUUUCCCUAGUGUUAUUAUAUAACAGAUUAGUUCUAUUUGCAUGUUUCUCUGUCUGAACAUUCUGUGGCAGAGUUAAUAUUUUGAGCCAGAAUAUUUAAAUUGGCCAGUCAGCUAGAAGAUACAUGUUUGAUAUAGAAAAACAAUACUUCCACUGCCUACCUUCCAUUCUCAUAUAUUUUGGCUAAGAUUUAUAUGGAAAAAAAUGAAGUCUUUAAAGUGUAGGCACUUUAAGGAGAUCUUGGAAAUUUUUCCAUUUAUCAGAAUAAGGUUAUAAGGUUAAAAUACUGUAUUGUGGUUUUAUAUAGCAUAGUGACUUUAUUUUAUUAGUUAUUUUUAAAAGAGAGAAAAUGUUACUUUUUAACUUUUUACUCAGUUGCAUUACUAUAGAAUUUUCAUAUGGGCCUGUAUAGUCAGGGAAAAAGUUUUGUGAUUGACCUUUGUAAAGUAACCAGGAUGUACAGGAAACAGUGGCUUCAGCUCAUGGUCUAGGAGUACUCUUUAACCAGAUUUCUCAUUGAUCAUUGCAGGAAGGAAACAUCUCUGUUAAUCCUACCUUGCUUUAGCCAAAGCAGCCAAGUUGUUUUUGUUCGUUUCAUUUUUAUUUGACAUAUUGAAAUUUCUUCUGAACUUUCCCUUGAUGAAAGAAAGCAUUUGCAUUUUGAAAGGUAGUGUAUAUCAUAUUUUUGUUAAUGGCAUAUAAACUCUAUAAUAAAUAAGUCCAAAAUGUAUAUGUAUUUGCACAUAAGAAAUUUAUCAUCACAUAUCUCUUAACUACUGCCAUGGCAUGUUUGAGCUCAUAGUGAUUGAUAAGUCAUAAAAUCAGCACAUCAAAUGUCAAACAUUACAUCCAAUCAAGGGAACAGGUUGGUGUAUUUAUUAUGGAUUUUUUUUAAGACUUCAUAUUUGAUAACUUAUUCAGGUAGCUAUUCCUUGAGUAAUGUAGUUACCCAUUGUAAAGAAUUUUAUUGAGUAUUUAAAAAUGUUUAGUCAAUUUAAAACUAUGUAAUUUAUGGUCUUGACACUGAAGUUAUUUAGGGCUUAGUUGCCCAGGGCAGCUUUUGGUUCUUUCUGAUGCCAUACUAAUCAAGUCAAUCCUGAAACUAUUGUAUUUAAGUGCUAAAGAAUCACUAAUAAUUACUUCAUCAUGUCCAUA